UCCCUGGAUGUGACGUUUCACACAUGCCGUAUUUCUCAUAUUACACCUUAGGUUUACACCAUACUGCAAGGAAUCUUUGAAGUGAGACAGCAAGACAACUGGUGUACUCACACAACUCUUGAUACUUUGUGAGGUUUCAUCCUCCAAGAAAGAUGACGGAUACCAAACGUCUCGCGUUCUCCAUCAUUCAGUUCCUUCAUGACCAGGUGAACUCCGGCGGGUUGUCGUCGGACACUCAGGAGAGUUUAGAAGUUGCAAUCCAGUGUCUAGAGACGGCCUUCAGCGUCUCCACGGAGGACCAGAGUCUAGCUGUCACCCAGACCUUACCAGAGAUCUUUGCCUCAGCCACAGCAAAGUGUCCUAAUGCCUCCCAAGCGGAAAACAACUCCAGGGUGCACUCUCCUUCAGCCGAGCAGAUUGCAGAAGCCGAGCAACUCAAAACUGAAGGUAACGACCAAAUGAAAGUUGAGAAUUUCGGCGCUGCUGUGGAGUUCUACUCAAAGGCUAUCGCACUUAACCCUGAAAAUGCUGUUUACUAUUGCAACAGGGCUGCUGCAUAUAGUAAGUUGGGAAACUAUGCCGGAGCUGUCCAAGACUGUGAACAAGCCAUUGGGAUUGAUCCAAACUACAGCAAAGCCCACGGGAGAAUGGGGCUGGCGCUGGCAAGUUUAAACAAACACACAGAGGCUGUUAGCUAUUACAAGAAAGCACUGGAGCUGGACCCGGACAACGACACGUACAAAUCCAACUUGAAAAUAGCAGAACAGAAGAUGAAAGAGACCCCAAGUCCAACAGGGGGAAUGGGUGGAGUGGACCUAGCCGGCCUUCUCAGUAAUCCUGGAUUCAUGAACAUGGCAUCAAAUCUGAUGAAUAAUCCUCAAGUUCAACAACUGGUGUCUGGGAUGAUGUCUGGAGCCUAUGCUGGAGCACCCGGAGCACCUGGAGUGGUACCAAGCGCAGUACCAGGAGCGGUACCAGGCGCAGUACCAGGAGCUGGACCGGAGGCAGCACCAGGAGUCGGACUUGGCGCCGGACUCGGAGGCCUAGGAGGAGGACUAGGAGGCCUAGGAGGAGGCCUAGGAGGAGGCCUUGGAGGAGGAGCAACAGCAGCAGGAGGAGCGGGUCCCAACGACCUCUCGGGACUCAUCCAGGCAGGCCAACAGUUUGCCCAGCAGAUGCAGCAACAGAACCCAGAGCUGAUUGAGAUGCUGCGGAGUCAGAUGCGCAGUCGGCCGCCCAGCUCCAGCAAUGACGACCAGCCUUGACCACCUCACAGGUGAAUGGCUUGUGCAAGGACUCCAGAAGACAGACUGUCCGUUUUUUUUAUUUGUAUAAUUCUUGCUACCCCAGGGAUAAACCCUGGUUUAUGACAGGAGUAUAAAAGAGCACGCCUGGCCCCAGUCUUUGACUUCUCCAGUCCUGCCCAUUGAAUCACGUAGGAAUGACAGAUCUAGUUUCAGGUGUCUGGACUGCAGCUGGAUCCGAGCACCUCACUCAGACACCCUCACUGUAGCACCUGCUGUGUGUAUAUGAAUAUAACAUGGGGCUACUAACAUUUGCCAUUGAACCUUGUCAUAUCGGAAGGAAUGAUCUGCAAGUGAGUGAUUUGUAGACUGCUAAGGAGCCCCAUCUUAGGCUGCCGGGGAGGCUGGGGUACAGACACUGUUCUGUACUAAAGGGGGGUGACAUGGCGUAGGACCGGGGAGUCAAUGUAACGUGGAAUGCCACAUAAGAUUAAAGUAUUGUCAUCUCAUUUGAAGGUUAUUUUGUUCUUCUCUGAAGCAGUGUGUUAAUAUUGCACAGUUGGAGUCCAAUUGUGACAGUUUUAUGAAAGUAUAUCAACAUGUGACAACUGCCCCUCUUUUUCUUUGUCCCACAAUACUGUCAUUUUGAAUAAAAGAAAUUGGAAAUUUUA